GCCAUUUCUGGCUCGGCGGCGCGCCGCCCGCGCCGGCGCGCCCAGCGCGGCCCGCAUGAACGCGUUCGAGCGGCUGGUCGACCGGGCGCUCUUCGCCGAGCGCGCCCCGGCGGACGGCGCCAAGGACCGCGAGGCGUCGCGACCGUGGGCACUGCUGCACGCGCUGCUGGCGCAGAACGCGGAGGCGCGUGGGUACGCCAGGCGCCUGCUGCUGCGGCUGGCCUCCGAGCGGCCCCGGGCGCUGCUGCCUGGCAGCCCCGCCGGCGACCGCCUGCGCGAGCUGCUGCAGCUGUGGCCGCAGGGCGAGCGCCUGGCGAUCGCCCAGGCGCUCGGGGCUGGCGACGCCGCCAGGCCGCCGGCGCGCAGGGACGCCGCGGGCUACGAGACGCCGCCACGACGAGCGGACACGCCCGACUGGGGGGCGCUAGCGCUGUCCGACUCGCCAGAGCUGCCGCGCCCGAGGCGAGGGCCCGCCGGGGCCGACGAGGCGCCGCAGCCGCGGGUGCUGGACCUGCGCGGCUCCCGCGACGCGUCCGAAGGCCUGCGGGACAGCUCCACGACGGUGCUCUUCCGCCUGCCGCGCAAGGACGAGCCAGACGUGCGCGACAGCGCCUCCACCGCCCAGCCUCGGUCAAGCCACCAGCUAGGGAGCUCGCUGGACGCCUGGCUGCGGCCGCGCGAGGCGCAGGCGCGCUCGGCCGCGCCGCUGCGGCUCCCGGGGGCGCCAGCGUGCCUCGCCGAGUGGGGCGCGGCCGCCGUGGCGGCUGGAGGGGCCGAGAGGGGGCCCGCCGCCUCUGCGGCCGGCGGCCUGCCGGCGCAGCCGCAGCAGGGCAAGCUGGUGAUCGACUUCGGCGGCGGCAGCGCCAGCAGCAGCAGCCCCGGGGAGCCGCCGCCGCCGGCGAAAGACCGGCCAGCAGGCCACUGGCCCCGCGGUGCAGCGCCCCGGGCUCGCAGCCUUCCGCCGGGGCGCUCCUCGCGCGAGCGGCGCGUGCCCGACGGCGAGAGGUGGGCCGCGUGGUCGCUGCGCUUGCAGCGCGUUGCCGGGCAGCGCCUGGUACUAGACUGGCGCGCGGCGGCCCUGUGGACCAGCAGGGCGUUGGGCCUGCGGGCCUGCGCCAGCCAGCAGCUGCAGGCGUUCGCCAGUGGGCUCCUCCGCCGGCAGCAGCACUCGCUGCUCCUCGCGGUGCGGCGGGCAGGCGCCGUGCAGUGGCGCUGGCGGCGCGCAGAGCAGGCCGUCCGAGCCUGCGCCCUGCGCGCGGGGCUCUGCGGCCUGCACAGGUCGCGGAGGCUGGCGGCCCGCGGCGAGCUCUGCGCGCAGCGCCUUCGAGGGAUGGCCCUCCGCGCGCACGCGGCCCACUCCGCCAGGGAGCUCUGCCGCCUCGGCGCGGGGCUGCGGCAGUGCUCCGGGCAGGGCCGCUCGGCCGGCGCCCUGGGCGUGGCCCGGUGGUUGCUGCGAGUGGCCCGGCGGCGGCAGGCGCUGGGCGUGGCCGCGCUGCGCGGCAGCUCCGCCACGAGCCUGCAGUGCGACGUCCGGCUCGCCGCACAUGGCCUCGGCGUCGGCGCCCUGCGGUGCCUGCGGCGAGGCAUGCGCGAGGGCCUCGCGGCCUGGCGGCAGGCCUGCGCGGCCGCGGGCCGCAGGGAGGCGGGUGCCGUGGCGCUCGUGCGGCUCCUGCGCGAGCACCAGCGGCGCCAGCUGUCGCGCGCCCUCGGGGCGUUCGAGGCCUCCUCGCUGCGCGCGGCGGCCUCCCGGAGUGCCCGCGCAGCGCAGCGCGCCCGCGCCGCGCGGGCGCUGGUCGCUGGCAUCGAGCGCUGCGCCGCGGUGAGGCGCGGCGCGGCGCUAAGCGCCUGUCGCCGCCGAUGCCACGCCCUGCGGCAGGCGGAACGCGCGAUGCGGGCGCUGCAGGGCACGUGCUCGGAGACCUGGUGGCUGGGCGGCCGCUGCGUGGUCGCCUGGCGCCUCGUCUGCGAGCGCCAGCGCCGGCUGGCGCGGCCGCUGGAGCGCCUCGCCACGGGGCGCCAGCGCUGGGCCUGGCACCGCCUGCACGCCGCGGCGGAGCAGCGCGGCCAGAAGCUCGAGCUGGGCAGGCUGGCCGAAGAGCGGCUGCAGGAGGCGGGCCGCAGUGGCGAGCUCCACCUGCAGGCUCUGCGCUCCGACCUCGAGGCGCGGCUCAUGGAGGCGCAGGGCCAGGAGGCCGCGAUGCGGCUCCGGGUGCUCGCGGUGGCAGAGCGUGCGGCGCCCAGCCUGCGGAGGCGCGCGCAGCUGCGCGAGGCGGGCGCGGCUUUCCGGCGGUGGGUCCUCUGGCGGGACCAGUCCCUGGCGCUCUGCUGGCUCGAGGGGCUGCUCUGCCGCCAGCAGCUCCGAGCCACGCUGAAGCAGUGGGCGGGGGACGUGCGGAGGGCGGCGCGCGUGCAGCUCGAGGGCACGCUGGCCCACCUGCGCUCCGCGGCAAGGGCGCACAGCGGUUUCUACAUCGACGCUGUGCACCGCUGCACCAGCAGGUGGGUCGACAGGGCGUCCGACCUGGCUUUGCGCCAGGUGGUCGCGCACUGGCAGUGCAUGGUGUCCCUGUCCCGGCUGGACUCCGAACGGACCAGGUUGCGCGGGGCGCGCGGGGAGAGCGGCGCGCGCCUGCUCGUGGGCGCGGUGCUGGGGGUCCUGAGGAAUGGCGCGUGGGCGACCUGGCGCCAGCAGCGCGCCGCCGCGCAUCACGCGGACCUCGCAGAGCUGGAACAGGAGGGCCGACAGGAGGCGGCGGGGCUGCUAGAGGAGCUGCACGAGAUCCGCGCGCAGGCAGCGGAACAGCACGAGGCGCUGAGCCAACAGUGCAUGGAGGCCCACUACAGGACCAGCGCCAUGGAGGUCGAGAUCGCAUCCUUGACCAUCGAGGUCAGCGCCACGCGGGUGGCGCUGACGUGGCAGUUCUGGGCCCACCGCAAGGUCGGGGCCGCGGCCCGGUGCCUGGCCGCCGCGAUGCGCGCGUCGCGCGCGCCCGUGGCGAGAGGCGAGGCCUGGGCCCGCCUGGCCGCCGCCGCGCGCGCGCGAACUGCCGCGCGCCUCGGGGCCGCUCUCUGGGCAGCUGCCGCGGAGGUGGCUCGCAGCCGCGCGCGCGCGCACAGGGAGCGGGCGCGUGCCGAGAGCGGUGCGGGCCGGCUGUCGGCCUUGGCUUGGGCUGCCCAGGCCGCCCACACCAGGCGCCUCGCCCGGGGCCUCUCGCGCGCCCUGUCCUGCCUCGCCGCCGCGCGGGGGCGGCUCGGGCGUCUGGAGCGCGCCAGGUCGGCCGCCUUGUGCCAGAAGGCGCUGGACGGCCUGCUGGCGCUGGUACGGGAGAGGCAGCGCCUCGCUCGGGACGCCGAGCGGCGGGAGGCCAUCCUGCUCAGCGACCAGGCCGCAGGGGCGCGCGCUCUGUGCGCCGCGGCCGCAGCCGCGGCGCGGUCGCGGAAGCGGCACGCCCUCGCGCGGCUCGAGGAGUGCGCACGCUACUCUGCUCGCUACGGUGCCGACCGGCGGCCGAUGGCCACCAGGUGCAUCGCGCGGGUGCUCGUGCGCUCGGUGGGGCAGUCUUUAGGCCGGGCCCUGUCGGACUGGCGCCGCUCAGCCCACCACGGAGCCGCCGCGGCCCUCUCGGCCAGGGAGCGGUUCCUGGUGGCCCGGAUGCAGCACGGCCAGGCGAGGCGGGACGGCCUGGCUCUGCUGCGGUCCUGGUUCCUGGCCGUCCAUGGCGCGGCGCGAGCCGCCGGCCGCGUGGCCGCUCCCUUCGCCUCCCGCGCCUCCUGGGCCCUCGCGGAGCUGCGGCUCCACGCGGCGCGCCGCACCUGCGCGCUUAUGCGGGAGGCUGGCCUCUCCGCGGCAUUGCGGCGCAGGCGCGCUUCCAGGCUCGCCGCCGCCCUGGCCGCGUGGAGGGGCACGUGGUGCCGCGUAGAGCGGGUUCGCCGGCGCCAGCACCGCCACUUCGACGCGCGGCUCGGCCUGAGGCUCUGCCGCGCGACCCUGGCCGCCCUGGUCCUCGGGUGCCGCCGCGAGCGCGCGGCCAGGCGGCUCGGCGCGUUGCUGCAGCGCUGCUGCGGCAGGGCCGCGUUGCUGGAGUGGCGCGUGGGGGCGGCGCGGGCGGGCGGCCAGGAGGCGGCGGCGGCGCUUGCCCGCGCGGGGCGGGAGCUGCAGCGGCUCCGCGCCGGGCGCGGGCUGCUGCUGGAGCUGCGCCGGGGCGACCUAGAGGGCCGCGGCGCGGCGGCGGCGCUGGGCGCCUGGCGGAGCGCCGUGGCGCUGGAGCAGAGGUCGCGGGCCCGGGCGGUGGCGGGCGCGCGGUGCGUGGCGCGCUGUGCCGCCGGGGCGGCCCGGCGCCGCUGCGGGGUCGCGCUGGAGGGCCUGCGGAGGCACGCCGCCGCCGAGCGCGGGCGCGAGGCGGCCGAGGCGCACGAGCGCGAGAGGCGCGGCGCCGAGCGCAGCAGGCGCGUGGAGCAGGGCGCGGCGCUGCUCGCCGCCGUCGUGCGCCACCGGCAGCGCAUGGCGCUGGUCGGCGCGCUGCACGGGCGCUGGCGGCCGCUGCGGUGGCAGGGCCUCCUCCGCGCCGUGGACGCCGCUGCCGCGCGCGAGCAGCGGCGGCUGCGCGCCGACGCGGAGGGCGCUCGGGCACGGCUGGCCGCCGCCGAGGUGGAGGCCACCUGCCUUGGGCAGAUGGCCCAGGGCGAGGCCCAGCGCAACGACGAAGCGCGAGCGGAGGCGACGUCCAUCCUGCAGGCCGUGCGGCGGGAACGGGCCGCGCACGAGGCGUCGCUGAGGUCAGUCCGCGACGAGCUGCGCUCCAGCGAGGCCGCGGCCGCCUCGGCAACGGAGCGGCUGCGGCGCGCGGAGGCGGCGCGGCAGGCCGAGGUGGCCCCGCUCGCGGCGGAGCUGCGCGAGGCGCGCGUGCGCGAGGCGCGCGCGGACGGCGAGCUCGCCGCGGCGCGCAGCGAGCUCUCGGACGCCCGGCUGGCCGCGGAGCGCGGCGGCCUGGCGGAGGCGCAGCAGGAGCGCGCGCUCCAGGAGCGGGCCGGGGCGCUGGAGCGGCGCGUGCUGGAGUGCCAGGCCCAGGCGCAGGCCGCCCUGCGGCGCGCCGAGGGGCGCGCCGAGCGCGCCGAGGAGGAGCUGAGGCUCGCGGCCGCGGAGCGCCAGCGCGAGUGCGAGCAGCAGGCGGCCGUCCUGGGGCAGCAGGACCAGAGCAUCGAGCGCCUCGAGCGCGCCCUGCGCGAGCAGGGCGAGCAGAUCCGCCGCGAGCGCGAGGGCCUCGGCCAGCUAGAGACCUCGGCCACCGCCUCCGCCGGCCGGGCCCAGCUCCUCGAGGAGCAGGUGUCCCUGCUGCGCCAGCAGCUCCACCGCGAACAGGCGGAGCUGAGGGCCAGCGAGCGCGCGUGGGCCAGCGACCGCGCCGCCCUGCUGACCACCGUCGCCGACGGCCUGCACGCCGCGGCGGGCCCGGCGAGGCACCGCAGGGCCUCCGCGAAGCAUCGGCCGUGCGGUGCUUCUUCGGCGAGGGCGGGCGAGCUGCCGGCGCCGGCGGAGCCCCGCGGCCUGGCGGGCGAGCCGCCGGCGGCCGCUGGGGCGGGCAGGGGCUGCCCCUGGCACAGCCACGAGAAUUGCCCGCGGAGCCAGGCGCCCGGCCCGAUCGGCCCGGCCAGGCGCUGAGAGGUCGCCGGGGCGCGGCAUCGUCGGGGCGCACACUGCACGCUGCGGGGGGCAGGAGAGGAGGUC